CCGGCCCAGAAGGUCUGUGAGGCCGGUGGGCGGCGGGCGCCAGUAAGCGAGCCGCACGACGCACGGGCUGACCGGUCUGAGGGCCAGUGCGAAGCAGUGCGCGCGGUGCACCGAUGUGAACUGGAUACUACGCCGCAGAGGAGUCUGGAACAGUGAGGACUGCCCUCCAGAACACCCAUCUUCACCGCUCGGCCCAAAGCCGGAACAUCCGAUUCUUCAGCCACCAGUCUCAAGACAACCGCAGCGAUGUCGUCAGCCUCAGAGUUCGGCACCGUCAAUUUUGUGGUGAUGGCGCUGUUUGUAGCCGCCACGCUGGCUAUCGGCGUGUUCUACGGUCUGCGUGGACAGGACGCCCAGGGACUGCUCAUCUCACGCGACAUGAGAGUCGCUCCCGUGGCCCUGUCAAUCAUGGCCACUUUUCUGUCGGCCAUCUUAAUUGUUGGGACGCCGUCGGAGGUGUUUUAUUUCGGCCUGGAGUGGUACGUGUGCGCCAUCACGUUCCCUCUGGCCUGUAUCAUCAGUGCUGCGCUGUUCCUGCCCGUCUUCCACCGGCUAGGAUUGACCAGCGUGUACGAGUACCUGGGCCUGAGGUACGACUCCAGCCUGGCCAAGGUGAUCGGGACGACUGCGUUCAUGACACAGAACCUGCUGUACACCGGCAUCGCGCUGUAUGCACCCUCGAUCGUGCUCAGCAAUGUCACUGGUAUGCCCGACUGGGCAGCCAUUGUGCUGGUUGCCUUCCUCGGCACCUCCUACACCGCAUUCGGCGGGUUCCGCGCCGUCAUCUGGGCAGACGUGCUGCAGGCGGGCGUCAUGGUGGCCGGCGUGCUCGCCAUCAUCAUACAGGGCUGUCUCAACGUCGGCGGCUUCUCAGAGAUGUUGGACGUCAACCGGCUGCACGGGAGGCUGACGCUGUUCACCUGGGACUUUGACCCGCUGCAGCGUCACAACUUCUGGAACAUCUUCUUCGGCCAGCUGUUCAUGUGGACGUCCCUGCUGGGUGUGAACCAGCCGGCGGUGCAGAGACUUCUCAGCUUGCCCACGUACAGAAAGGCCGCCAUGACCAGUGUGUUCGGCGGCCUGAUGAUGUUCAUCAUGACCACGCUGGCCGUUCUCGCCGGGCUGGCCAUCUUCGCCACCUACUCCUCCUGCGACCCGCUGCGGGCCGGCGUGACGAGCCGCCGAGACGAGCUGGUGCCGCACUUUGUGGCCGACCAGCUGGGCCACGUGCCCGGCCUGGGCGGCCUGUUCAUCGCCUGCGUGCUCAGCGGCGCGCUCAGCACCAUCUCGUCGUCACUGAACUCGCUGGCGGCCGUCACCUGGGAGGAUUUCUUCAGGGACAGCGCCUGUAUUGUUGGACUGUCAGAGGCGGGACGGCGAUGGGCCGUCAGGGCAAUAGCGCUCGUGUACGGCAUAGCCUCAAUGCUGAUGGCAUUCCUAGCCAAGAACAUGGGUGGCGUUCUUCAGAUCGCCAUUGGCGUCUACGGUGGCUGCACCGGGCCGGUGCUGGCAAUCUUCAUACUCGCAUUGUUUGUGCCCUUCUCCAACCCGAAGGGUCUGACUGUGGGACUCCUGGUGGGCCUGGCUCUGGCCCUCUCUGCCUCGUUCGGAGCCUCAUUCGGCGGUGCUGCUCCUCCGGCCAUGCUGCCCACGGAGGUGGACGGCUGUGGCUUCAACAUCACGAUCCCAGAGAGUGCCAACGUCGCCACCAGCGCAGCAGAAAAGGUUGUGAGAAACAAGUUUUUCAGCAUAUCGUACAUGCUGUACUCCGUCCUGGGCUUUGUCGGGACAUUUGUGAUCGGCAUCAUUGUGUCACUUGUGACAGGUGGCAGCAAUAUUGAAGUGAAUCCCGAAAUGCUCAGCCCCGCAAUGUCGUGUUUCGCUCAGAAGGCAAAGUUCCGACUGCCUCACAGCAACGGAGCUUCCAACAACGCCUUCGAAAUGGAGAAGAAGUAGUAUGUGUGGAAAGGUUGUGUUUUACAUGCUUGUGUAUGUCACGCAUCCGCGGGCGGUGCAUUCCUCGAACUGUCAUCCUGAGCUGUCUACACUUGCCAGGGACCAAAAAACUAGGUCUGUUUUAUACCAGUACAUCUACACUCAUGUCUGAGAGUUGCGCAUGAAAACAAACUAUUUAGCUUUGUAAGACAAAAUGUUUUAUUUUUAUACAUGCAUACAUGACCCGUACAACAUUCAUCAAAAAUAUCAUUUCGCUCAAAUGGUAGGAUCAAGGUAAUAUUGGCAUGGAAUAGAAAAAAAUAUGGCAUGUAAUUGUAGAUGCAGGAUCGUAGGUAGAUCAGACGUGAACUGCUCCCGUGUGUAAUGUGUUGUGAUGUUCUGUCCAUUUUUGAGAGGUGAAUACCGUUCAGAGACAUGCAUCAUUAUUACAGAACAGUAACAUAAAAAGCUACAGGUCAGUUAAACAGUCAGCUAUCGAGUCAACUACCAUUAUUUCCACAAUCCUUGUAUGCAGGUCUUAGAUCAUCACGACACUCGUAUCUCACAUACAAUGAAAUGAAAUAUGAAUAAAACAAUAUUAGAGCAAA